CUAAGUGACUACGAUGGAAGAAGUGUCUUAUGGGUUUAGUGUCAAACUAAACAAUCAAAACAUGAUCCGUAUGGUAAGAUCUUAUUUCAAUCAUCUAACGUAUAUUUCUAUAUUCUAUAUAAGUAUUUAGAUAUUAUAUUUAGUUUGUAAUUUAUUUGAUCCUUUAUUUACAAAACAAUUACUUGUGUAACCUCUACAUUUUGUUUUAUGUAUAUUACCUAUCAAACAAUUCUCCUCGUUGACUAACUACUUUUGAGCAAUCAGCCUGUACCGAUAAGUCCAAUGUAUACACUAGGACAUCAGUAUAUUUCUACCAUAGCAAUAUGACGGGUGAAUACAGACAGGGUGUGGGAGAUUCAAAUUGUAUUGGAUCAAUAUCCCCUAACCAUAACUUCUCCUAUCUACCGGAAGGGAGUAUGACAUUCCGGGAUGGAUGGAGUGAUUUCAUCAGGGGAAAUAAUUACAGAGUUGGGGAUAAGCUGUAUUUUCAAUAUAUUGGAAACACAACAUUCAGAGUAGAUUCAUCUAGGGACGGACAAAGCCUUGAUAAUUGUGUUGUCGGCGGAAAUUCAACUACCUCAAGGGGUCCAAGACCUCGGUGGUUAACUAAUGAGGAAUACUCCUUCAGUGCGCAAUGCUACUUGAAGUACUCAAGACUCCCUAACUUUGCCAUUAAGUUAGGCGCAACUUAUUAUCAGUCCGGCACGCUGACUAUACCCAGGGAAUUUGCGAGAACUUACAUUAGACCGGGGAAGUCAGAAGUUGUCUUAAUGAAUCGUCAUGGUCCCUUUUAUGGUGCCAAGUUCCAAUUUUACGAUAACAUUUGUUUGCUCACCGAUUUUAGUACUAUAACUAAGUGGCCUUGUAAUGACAUUCAAGUUGGAGACGUCUGUGCCUUUGAAAGGGAAGAUGAUUGGGAAGGAGGUGUGUAUGCGUUUCGGGUCAAAGUGUUCUCCCCUAUGGAGGGAGACGUUUCACCGUGACCGGAAGAAUUGUAGUUUAAAAAUUAAAUUAAAUGGGAAUAAUGUUUUUAUUAUAAGUCGCAUAUUAGUCUUGUACGCCCCUUCUUUAUUACUUUAUGGCACCUACCAUUUUCAUAUAAUAAUACUACCAUUUUGUUAUGUUGUAGUACCAUUUUAAUAAAAUUGUAUACCCAA